GAAUUAUUUUAAAAUACUCCUCAAAAUGGGUUAGCUGGAAAUAUAUAAAAUGGAAUUUUUAUCCCAUGAUGCUAAAAAUGCUAUUAACCAACAUAAAAAUUUAGAGGACAAGUAUGAGAAUAGUUGUUUAAAAUUCAGUUACUUGUUAGAAGAAUUUGAAGAGGAAAAACAUGAGUUUGAAUGUUUUUUGAAAAAAACAUGGGAAGAAAUACAUUCUUUUUCUGACAAAAAGCUUAUACUUCCUGAAGAGAUAAAUAAAGUUCAAUCACUUUCAAAUAUUACUAAUGAAGAUUUUGCAACUGUCAACAUUUCAACUAGCUCAUACAGUUCAACAGCAGAGCUCUAUGGUUCAACUACCUCACACAGUUCAACAGCAGAGCUUUAUGGUUCUGAUUCUGCAGAGUGCCAAGAUAUAUCAGUGCAAACUUCAUUCCAAGUACAUAGUGACAACAGCAACAUUUUUGUUUUACCAUCUAAUCAUACAUCUGUUUUGGAUGUUUUACCAUCUAAUCAUACAGCUGUUUCGGAAUUUGACAUCAGUCAUAUGACAUCUCAUAAUGGUUAUGUAAACAUUCAUCAAAUUUUAAAUAAAGUACCAAUAAAUGAGACAUACUUACUUGAUUCUCCAGUUUCAGCUGUGGUCAAUGGCACAAAAACUUUAUCUAGGGAAUCAGAUAUUUCUCAAAAAAUUAAGAUUGACAAUUUAGAAGAUGUUUCUGAAAAAAUACCAAAUGAAAAUUGUAGCCCACACUCAACAGAUGAUUCUGAAAAAAUACCAAAUGAAACUUGUAACAUAUACUCAACAGAUAAUUCUGGAAAAAUACCAAAUGAAAGUUGUAACGCACCUUCAGCAGAUAGUUUUGGAAAAAUGUCAAAUCAAAUUUGUAACCCACACUUAACAGUUAAUUCUGAGAAAAUGCCCAAUGGUAAUAGUUCAGAUAAUUCUGGAAAAAUACCAAAUAAAAAUCAUAACUCAUUAAUGGAUGUUUGUGAAAAAUCUCAAAUCAAUGUUCACAGUAAGUUUGAAGAUUUGUUUAGAAAAACAUAUGACGAUCAAUCUUUAUAUAUUACACAAAUGACACCAACUGAUAACAAUGAAUUCUUUUCAAAUGAAAAAGUUUCACCUAUAAAUAAAACUUAUUUGCUAAGAAACAAAAGGACUCUGCAUGGUUUUUUGUCAUCCACAUUCAUUGAUAAUGCUUCAAAUCAGACAAUAGAAAAAGAAAAAGCAAAACAUGCUCAUUUGGAAUCUGUUAAUUUCACUCAUGAUAGUGAAAAGUUUCUUAAUCCCAAUGAUACAAAUAUUGACAUGAGCUUGAUAAAAUCGCUAAAACAAAAAGAAAACGAGCAAAAGCAUACACUAUUGGUUACUUGUGUUACCCCAAUAACUCCACAUGACAGCGAAUCAAGUGAUUUCAGUUUUAUCAAUCCUAAUGAUACAAAUGUUUGCAUGAGUUUGGUGAAGCGGGCACGGUUAGAAUAUGUGGAGAAAGAGAAUGAACUUUAUGAUAAUCCAAAUGACACAGGAAAUAUUUAUUCAUAUUAUCAUCCAUCUAAAACUAAACACUUGCCUUCUGUUCUUUUCUUACAGCCUUCUGUUCCAUUUCAAAUCAAAAAUGUUUCCAAAAGUGAAGAAUUUUUAGUUACAUCAAGUGACAAAGCGAUAGAAAUAAGCGAUGUUAAUAAUAAAACGUCUUUACAAGAGGCACAUCCUUUACAAGAGGUGAGCUGUUUACAAGAGGUACACUCUUUACAAAAGAAUUCUGGCAUCUCAUGCUCCAUGGACAGUUUAAUUGACUUCAAAAUUCAUUGCCAGACAGGAGAUUUUCCUAAUAAAGUUGAUCUAUGUACACAAAUUGUUCAACCUAAUACAAAUAUUAGUAAAAUAAAUGAACUUACAGACAAAAUUGAGCUUGAUAAAUCUAAUGUUAUUACUGUUAAAAAUGUAAGAAAUGAACAUAAAGAAAAAAAUCUUUCUCCUGUUUUACCAGACACAAAAUCUGAAACAUCUGAGCCUCCAUUCUCUUGUAAUACAGCAAUCAUUAACAUCAAAAAUAAAGAAAUUAAGAGCGCUAAUAGAAAAAAGAAAUCACGUAAAAAGGUUAAACUUUGCAUGCCAUCUAAGCAGCCAAAAACUGAUUCAAAAUAUACUUUCGUUUCCUAUAGCAACUUAAGAGAAAAUGAUAUGUCAGUAAACGCUACGUACUUGAGAAAGAUUUCACAUGCUACAAAUGAAACAAAAGUAUUACAUUGUCUAACUGAAAGUCAGACUAAAGUUCAACAUCCUAAAAAAAUGAAGGAAAAUAUUUUCUCUAAGAGUUCAGCUGGUCGUAUGGAAAAAAUUUUAGAAAUUAACUCUUGCGAAGAAAUAAAAAAAAAUGUGAAAGAUUCUUCGCUUCUUAAUAAAAAUUCUUUUAAUCCAGUUGCAGAAAGUCAGAAUAAAGUCAAACAAACUAAUAAAAGUAAGGAUGCUUUUUUAAUCAAAAAUUCACCCUCAAACUUGGAAAAAGUAUUAGAAUUAAAUUUUCUCAGUAAUAAUAGUGGUUGUUUACAAAAUUUUAUUGACAUUAUAGAUGAUUCUAGAAAUUUAAGACGAAGGACCAAUAGAUCUUGUAAUAAAGAUCGAAAUUCUCAAGUAAUUAUUUCUUCAAAUCAAAAUGAUUCUUUGCAACUUCCGCAACCAGGUCGUCUUACCCUUAAUAAUACAAAUCUUUUACAAAAUAAUAUUCUUCAAAGAAAUAUUAAUGAUUCCGUAAAACUCAAUUGUACUGUAUGUAGCACAAGUUCUGAAAAUUCUGUAGGUGCGAGUGCAACGCCUAUCUCUAAUGUUUUGUGUCAAAAAUGUAUAUGUGCAUUGAGGGAUAUUGAUAGAAAAUCAAAUGUUAGAUCUUCUAAACGUCUUGCUGAAAAAAGCCUACUUGUUCAAACUCUAUUAGGCACUAAACGUCAUAAAUCUAAACAAGAUCUUUCUUAUAAAGAGUGUGAUAAAAUUCCAAUACCAACUAAAGUUACAGCAAAAAUAUUGCCUUGUAGCACGACAAAUAAUAAUACUAAUGUUAAUAUUGUUGAUAAAAAGACAAAUUUAAACUCUAUAUCCAGUACUUAUGCACUUCGAAGUAGAAGAAAAAACCUUUUGUCUUUUGAAAACAGCUUAACUGAAAAAACUGACCAUGGCAAAAAAAAGAAACAAGCCAAUAAAAAAAUAUAUUUAUUUAAAAAAAAAAAACCUAGGAAAAAGGUGAAAUUUGUGGAUAAACAAACAGAUGAGGAGCUAGCAAAUUUGGAACGCAAGAAAACAAAAAAGACAGUAAGUAUGUUAGAUGAUAGAAACUCAGUGAAAGAAAUUUCAAGUAAUAAUGACACAGUUUCCACACUCUUAACACACUUAAAUAACACAGUUAUAAAGAAGCCAACUAAAGAAAGCAUUUGUGUACCCAAAGAAGUUAUAAGGAAGCCAGCUAGGGAAAAUGUUUGUGUAACAAAAGAAGUUAUAAGGAAGCCAGCUAAGGAAAAUAUUUAUGUACCAAACAAAGUUACAACAAGUCCAACUAAGGAAAAUAUAUGUGUACCACAAAAAAGCAUUUUGGACAUUCCGAAGCCAUUCUUUACAAAGCAGGCAGAAGUUAAAAAAGAUAAUGUGUUUAUAAUGAAUCCUCCUCUUGACAACCUAAAUAAUAAUGCUAUUCCGAAUCUUUCAUCUACAUUGUUAUCUACUACAAACAUGUCUCGUCUGUCUGGUGAAACUACUGCCAGUUAUUUAGGUCGUAGGAAAAAGACGUUGCUAAAAAAAUAUGGAAACAGAAUUAUGACACCUGAUAGACCUCCAUUGAACUCAACUCAAAUAGAAAAAUUAGGAACAUCACGUAUUUUUGAAAACAAUGACAUAGAGGUAUCUGGAAUAUCAAAUCAAACAAAAAUAAGUCGUUCUCGCCUUCUUAGCUUGGCUGUAGAAAAUGCCACUCUUGGUAUACCCGAAACAUUAACUCAAUACUUAAAUAAAUUCAACUCUCAGACAACAAGUUUAACAAAAAAAUAGAAGAAUGCCUUGGACAUUUUAACCUUAUACAUUGUUUUCUAUAAUUUUAAUGCGUUUGCUGUUUUAAGAUUGUUUAUAAUCUGUAAAUUUAAUUAAACACCCAUGUGGUAAUGACGUGGCAUGAUGAAA